AUGCUCAACACAAAGGACUACAAUGCCUUGAGCCUGGCCCAGCCCACGAAUUUCAGGGCCAUGCUGAAUUCCGGCGAGCUGCUCUGGGGCACUGGAUGUCGAAUCCCCCAUCCAGAGGCGGCACGAGUUGUUGCUGCGACGCCGUACCAUUUUUGUUUCUUGGACGCGGAACACGCGCCUCUCAACGCAACCCUCCUCGUCAGUUUGAUCCGAACGAUCCAAUACCACUCGAGUGGCUCCAUGGUACCAUUCGUCCGGAUCCCAAGAUGCUCACCCGAGCUAUACAACUACGCCCUGGGCGCUGGCGCUGGCGGAGUGGUUAUGCCACACGUCCAGAAUGCAAAACAGGCAGAGGAGUUGGUGCAGCUGUGCCGGUUUCCACCGCUGGGCGGCCGCAGCUUCCCCCCUGCAGCUCUGAUCGGCGAGCAGCAGAACCGAACCCCAGAAGGAAAGACAACGUAUGACGUAUGGAAUGAACAUGCCGCUGUGAUUUGCCAGAUUGAAGAUCUAGAGGGGCUGGAGAAUGUCGAAGAGAUUUGCCGGGUCCCAGGUGAUGAGUCUGCAGCCCAUGCGCUAACACUCCACACCUGGUCUUCUGCAGUGGACGGUCUGUUCGUCGGCACGGGCGAUCUGCGCAUGUGUCUGAACUUAGCCCACGGAUCGCUCGACGGCGAUGAAGCUGUGUUUCUCUCUGCACUUCGCAAGAUCCGAGAUGCGGCAAAGGCCAAUCACCUUCCCAUUAUGGGAUUCGGCAUCUCACCUUCCGGGGUGGAGCUUAGGAGAGAGAUGGGCUGGAAUGCGUUCAUCAUCCAUGGGGACAUUGAUGCGAUCUGCACGUCGGCCGUCCAGUCAUUGCAGACGUACACUGAUGCGGCCGCUGGAACGGGUGUCCCAAUUCAGUCAGCGCAAUGA